CUACGGUUUUUCGCGAGGUUAGAAGACGGAAACGGUUUGUCAGUUGUGUACUAGCAGCAGUUGAUUGUUCUGUCGAAUUUUUAGCCUUUAAGCGAGUGUUUUUUGCUGCAGUUGUUUGGUUUUAGUUUUCGCCAUGGGAAAAGCAGAUUUUCUGUCGCCGAAGGCCAUUAGCAACCGAAUAAAAUCUAAAGGUCUCCAGAAGUUGCGGUGGUAUUGUCAGAUGUGUCAGAAACAGUGUCGAGAUGAGAAUGGCUUCAAGUGCCACUGCAUGUCAGAGUCCCAUCAGAGACAGCUGCUGCUAGCUUCAGAGAACCCUAUGAAGUUCAUGGACUACUUCUCAGAUGAGUUCAAACGUGACUUCUUGGAGCUGCUCAGAAGGCGUUUCGGAACCAAGAGAGUUCACAACAACAUUGUCUACAACGAGUACAUCAGCCACCGGGAGCAUGUCCACAUGAACUCCACGCAGUGGGAAACUCUCACCGACUUCACCAAAUGGCUCGGCAGAGAAGGUUUGUGCAAAGUGGACGAGACCCCUAAAGGCUGGUACAUCCAGUACAUCGACCGUGACCCAGAGACCAUCCGGCGCCAGGAGGAGGAGGCCAGGAAGAAGAAACAAGAGCUGGACGAUGAGGAGCGGAGCGCCAAGUUCAUCGAGGAGCAGGUCCGCCGAGGCCGAGACGGAAAGGAGACCGACGAAGAUCCGGUUUACACUGAGCUCAAACGUGAGAACGAGGAAGAAAAAGUUGCUUUCAACCUCAGCGCUCCUGUAGCUUGCUCCUCCAAAUCAGGCUCUGCUCUGAGUGCCAGUGCUCUGAAAGCAUCAUCAUCAUCAUCCUCAGUCAAACGCAAAGAUGCACCCUCCAGCUCCAACUCCAAAACAGAGAAGAAGAAGAAGUCUGCACUGGAGGAGAUCAUUGAGAUGGAGGAGAGGAAGAGACAGCACUCCCCCGCUGUCAGAACCGAUUACUGGCUGCAGCCAAACAUCGUAGUUAAAGUCGUCACCAAGAGGCUGGGAGAGAAGUACCACAAGAAGAAGGCCGUCGUCACGGAGGUCCGAGACAAAUACGCCGCUGUGGUGAAGAUGAUCGACUCCGGCGACAAGCUCAAGCUGGACCAGAACCACUUGGAGACGGUCAUACCCGCCCCAGGGAAGCAGGUUCUGAUCCUGAAUGGUCCGUACCGGGACACGGAGGCCGUCCUCGAGGGGAUCGACGAGAAGAAAUUCAGCGCCAAGCUCACGCUCGAUUCUGGUCAUCAGAAAGGAGAGAGAGUGGACGUCGCUUAUGAAGAUUUUUCCAAGCUAGCCUGAAGAUGAAACAUCUCGAGUCGUAGAACUGAGGGACUCUACUGUGUCAGAGUUCAUUCCCAGAUGCUUUUGUACAAAGACACUUUCAACAACCAACUAGCUUCAGAAAUCAAACCGGUUUAGAAGAUUAUGUUGAAUUUGUUUGAUUCUUUUAAAAAAAACAAUUUGAUAUUUUGUUUAAAAAUGUAAAUUUUGUUCAAAUAAAUGCAAUAAAUUUGCUUUCUGCUUUGUGGAAAAA